AGAUUUGCGCACAUUGUUUUAACGUUUUAACGCGACGAGAUGGAGGAAAAGGUCCAGCCGAAAUUCGUCUUACCGUCCCCUAAAUUCGACAAGCCCAAUGGAGCUAGUAAGGCCAACCAUCUGUACCUGACCCCCAGUGGGAUGACCCUGCUGCCGAGGGCCAAACAACCGCCGCCCAUGUACGGCGCACGAGGAUCAACAGUGCCUGCCAAGUAUCUCGCCCAGGAAAACUUUAAAGCGCAGAGCAGUGCAGUCAGUGUGCCGGAGUCCCCACCGGUAUACCACUCUCCUCCACGCCCGGAGUUCUGCCACACGUGUGGCAUGGAGUUGGCCAAUGCCCAGGACAUGAGGCGCCAUCUGGAGCAGCACGAGUCCUGUCCCGCUGAUGACUGCGACUUUGCUGCUCUGCACAAUAUCCUGGAACGUCAUAUUGAAGCCAAUCACAUCACGGGUGCUUACAAAAAGGUCAAGAAGGUGUGGACAGGAGAAUUGGCUGCUUGGAGGGCAGAAAGGAGGAAAAGAUUUCCCACUGCGACGAACGUUGAGCUGGCCAGAUUGGCAAAGGAGCAGAGAUUAAAGCGAGGAGAGCGUCUGGAGGCCUCUAAGUCGCGCUUUGGAAAUCGGGAAGAUCGCCAGAGGACGCGACCCAAAGGAGAUCACAAGGAGCGCUUCGAUCCCAAAAACAAAAGGAAAAGGGGAGUUAAGGAAAAGAAGAAACCUGAAGGAAGUACAAACAAAAUUAGUGAUAAAUCAAAGAAAACUAAAGAAGUAAAUAAGGCAACUGAAGAAAUUAAAAAUGGCAAAUUCCGUGGAACAGGAUCAAUGAAGGACUACCAGCGUGAAGCCAAAGUUCAACAGAAGGACAAUGCUUUGUUUGGCCUGCUUGGAAUGUAUGGAUCAGAUAGUGAAGAGGAAAGUGAAGCAGAGUGUGAGGAUCAGGAUCAGAAUAAGGAAGAAAAUGAUAUACCAGAUGCACAAACUGAACCUCCCGAGCGCACGGAAGAGGGUUCUGGUCAUGAUGAACUGACACACAAGUUAGAGUCCAAUGUUGCCAUAGAAGUUUUAGGCGCUGUGGUUUGUCAAGACGAUUCAAAUAAGGAAGUGCACACAUGUGACGACCCAGUACAAAAUAUCGAAAAGUCCCCCCUGGACGACACCUCCAUAGAAGAGCGCUGUAAUCCAGUAUCUUCUUCCAUCUUAGAAUCACUUUCUGUUACCAGGGAAGAUGCUGGCUCCUCUGACGAAGCUCCAGAUGAAGAGCCCUUCCAGCGAACAACGGAAACCAUAAGGGAAGCAACUCCUCCUAAGGCUGAACCAAAGGAGUGUAAGCCCAAAACUGCACCCAAACGAGCUGCUCCAAAGCGAAUUUAUGGCUUAAACUACAAGAAGGCUCGCAAGCAAACCCAGCAGAACACCAUGUUAUCCAAACUUCUGGAAUCGGAAAUUCGACAUGAACGGAAUGUUCUACUGCAGUGCGUGAGACACGUGUGCGAAAGGAAUUUCUUUGGCAUUGGAAAAACUAAAGAAAAAGAAAUCCUAGUUUCAGCUUGCGAUAAAGAUGAAGAGAAGCUGGAUCCUAUUUGUGAUAAAUCCGUAUAUAUAUCACCGGAUGCAUUAUAACUAUAGAUACUAAAAUAAGUGAAUAAAGUUUAGAGAUUUAGCCCAAACUAUUA